CGCAGGGAGAGAGAGAGAAGCGUGAGGCAAAGUCACUUGACACUCACACGCAUAAAAGCAAUUUUUGAAGUUCAAAGCGUAUUUCCGAUUAAAUCUUCUCGUGGCGGAGAAAUGGUCAUCAUCACACAAUCAUCCCAUUCAUCAAAUCUGUAGAGUCAUCGGAAAAGGCUGCAAUGAUCGCAAAAAUAACUACAACCAAUACAUAUAGGCGGUGAUGUUUUGGGCAAGGUGCGGUAGACACCAAGCUUCCCUUUUGAGGGGAGUACAAGGCACUUCGUUCAGGAGAGCGGUAACAGUCGGCAUAGAGAAUAACAUAAGACCGGUUACGACCUUAUCCACACUGGAUACUCUCAACAAUGAACACAGAAAUCGAAACGAUACGACUAGAGAUAAUCUCGAUGAACGGAUAGGGGAAUGCUCUAAAUCGGUAGGAAAACAAAGACAGAUAGAUCCAAUGCCGACUACAUCUUCAAUCGAGAUCGAUGAAGCAAAUAAAAACACAAGCAUAGCGCAGACAAAACAUCAGACGAAAAGCCAACAUCUGAAGCUAGAUCGGAUAAAUACCAAGGUACGUAAACUCAUCUCAAAAGAUCAAAUCGAUAACGCAAUUACAAUCUUUCAACGUUGGCAGCAAAGUGUUUCAUUAGCUCGGCAAGAAGAGCAUCUGAGUUCAGAAAAGUCUGCGCAUAACGGUAAAUCAGAUCAAGGAUGCCACCUAUAUGCGGAUACGGUGUUAUACCUCAUUCGAUGGCUUAUACGCAAUAAAGAAAAGCGAAAAUCUUGGCACAUUCUUUUUGCCUUGUGCCAGGAAGAAAUCCCGCAAGAUCGAGAAACUGCUCAACUCUUGCGAAUCAUGAUACCAAAUAAGACAAAGACAAAUCUGAAAUUCUUGCUUCCUCAAAGUCUGCGAAAGUUUUUAUUCCCCGAAACAGUGCAAAAAGAAGAAAUCGGGAGAGUUCCAAAAGACAAUUUCCGGCGAAAGAUCGAUGAAGAUGCAAGACAAAGAUUACUUAUACCAAUCGCGAUUGCUUUGGUUCAAGAAGGAGACCUGCGUUUGGCAAAUUGGCUCUUCGAAAGAAAUGAAGAGACAGGUUUAAAGAAAAUGCCAGUCGGGACUGGAAACGUGUUUGCCGAGGCUGUGAUGCAACAUAUAAGUCCGGUGACCGGACUUGAUGGUAUAAGAGGAGUAGGUCAGAUCACUUCCGCUUUGACAUUUCUGGAAAAUUGUCAAGGCGUAGAAGAUGCUCUCUUAAUCCGAAUCAAUGAUGGUCUUGUGCGUCGAUUUUCAUGGGUCAUGAGGCAAGAGAGGUUCUUCUCGCUCUUACAACCGGAAGAAUGGCGGGGAAUGCUACGGAGACUAUCACUCAUAUCUCUACGCAGUGGUCCCCUCAUGACGAAAUCGCUGCAAUCGAGCAAGGGUGGAAUUGCAACGCUAAUAUCUCUUCAUAUCAAAACUGAAGAUUACACUUAUGCAAAAAGGCUUUUCGAAUUAUACCAAGAUUACUAUGGACGCUAUACAAAUGAAUCGCCCUUCAGUCGAAUCGAAUUUGCUUGGUUGUUUGAGAUAAGUUUGAAAGAUGAACACACUAUCGAUUUCGUUGCCAAGUUGUUCAAUCAUUGGCUUAUCUCCGACCUUUCUUCACCAGAUCGUAUGCCGGACUUUCUUCCGGCACAAUUACGACGUUAUUCUGCAAGAUUGAUGGAGGAAAAGCGAGGGGAUUCAGUGUUGCCAUUACUCCCUCUUUUUGAUCUGGAAUCGGAACCCAAACCAGUUGCUGGCCAGCCAAAAGUUGUCAAAAGGAUAGAAAGAAGAGCACAAGCACGUCGGAUAGUUGGUGUAUUUGCUAACGCAUCCCCAAAAUACUUUCUGGAAUUCAUUCCUUUCUUGCGAGAAUUAUUGGCAUUUUUACGUGCUCGUAGUGAAGGUCAAUUUGACGAGCAUCUGAUUGAACUGCAUCUUCAUGUCGUUGACAAAUCUAUAAGUUCGGAAAAGUAUGCAAGCUCAUUAGCACUCAUGCGUGCACAAAUGCUGUCAAUCGUUGAAAGUAUGCGACAAUACGCUGUAAAAGUGAAGGAGAAGGAUCAAAACAAUACUUAUCACCAAUCGACUAUGACCUCAAGGACUAUCACAUCGCUUCAAAUGCUUUACAGAAGGAUACUUGCAUAUCUCGGAGACAGUUUAGCUGUGGAUAAGGCUAUCUUCAGAUCUCAAGAUGUGAAUCGAGACGCUCUUUUGGCUGAUGCUCUGAACAGAAUUUUGAUCGAAAUGCAGUCAUUAUGGUCAUUUGAUUUGGAAGAAAUUGAUCGCAACAGUAACACUUCAGCCAUUACAAUUUGUAGACUUCAGAUAAUGAUGGGCAGACAGGACUGGCAAGGUGCUUUUGCACUAUACAACAAGUCCAUGCACGACAUAGCAGAACAAUGGGAACGAUUCGCUGACUUUGCUGAAACAGGUAGAAGCAAUGCAUACCCUCCUGCACCUCUGGCUUUGAAUGUUGCUACCAGACUAGCCCUUGCUUUAGGUCAAGGUGGGCAAUUUGACAAGGCCAGGCAGGUUUUAUCGACGUACACUCAUUGCACCAAACAAUUCAAGGCCAUACAUUCCAGUAAGCAAGAAGAAAUUGAAGAAGGUCUUGACGCAGACGAAAUGUCUGAAGAAAGUGAGCAACUUACUCGCAAGAUCAAAGACCAUGAUCGACUAUUGAUCGAAUGCACUGGUAUUGCUCUUUUGUGCAUGCAAAAUCGCAAGGAGGAUGCUUUGGGUCGAAUUUAUUCACUUGAACGCUUAGGUGUAUUCGGAGCACCACCUCAACCUCAAACGCCAUUGAUGUUCUUUACAGAAGAAAGACUACCUCAGAAAGCCGGAUUCAAUUUCAAUUCCAAUCUACGACCAACUACUUUCGCAGCCGUAGCACCUUCAAUCGGUCCAACAAACAAGGAACUGACAAUGAUCUAUAUCGAAGCGCUUGCCAGUAUUCCGAUGAAGGCAAGAUCGGCUGAUUGGCAAGGCCUGCUUGGAAAAUCUCGAAAACUACUCUCAGAUUAUACCGGAGCAUAAGACACUCAAAACCUUGAUCGCCUCUAGUGCGAAAGGUACUCAUGCAUACAAUUUGUUGUGCAAAAGUUG